UGCGAUGCACAGUGGGGUAUCUCAAGUGGACUAAAUUGUAUAUACGCGAUUACUUAUAGAAACAGCUGAUGAAGUUCCGCCUGAUAACUAGCCUUAAGUCAAGUGCAAUAUAAUGGCGAUAUUCUCAUUUUUAAAGAGCAAGCCUAUACUUUUUGUCAGCAUAGCUGGCACAGCAACAGGCGUCGCCUGUUUUAUAAAGGAUCUUAUGCAAGGCGGCAAGUUCACAAAGAGUACUGAUGAAACGGGAAAAGUGGUUAUUGUCACCGGCUCCAACACGGGCAUUGGUAAGGAAACGGUCAUGGACCUGGCGAAACGGGGAGCUACAGUUUACAUGGCUUGUAGGGACAUGAAAAAGUGUGAGGAAGCCCGUGAACAAAUUGUUUUAGAGUCCAAAAACAAGUACGUUUACUGUCGCGAGUGUGAUCUGGCUUCCUUGGACUCAGUCCGUAAUUUUAUAGCAGCAUUUAAGCGGGAACAGGACAAGCUGGAUGUACUGAUAAACAACGCUGGUGUUAUGCGCUGCCCAAGAUCAGUAACAAAGGAUGGCUUCGAGAUGCAACUGGGCGUCAACCAUAUGGGACAUUUUUUGCUAACCAACCUGUUGCUUGACUUACUCAAAAAAUCUGCACCUAGUCGCAUUGUCAAUGUUUCCAGCUUGGCACACACGCGUGGCGAGAUCAACACUGGUGAUCUAAAUAGUGAGAAAUCCUAUGAUGAGGGCAAAGCGUAUAGUCAGAGCAAACUAGCGAAUGUUUUAUUCACGCGUGAGUUGGCCAAGCGCCUUGAAGGCUCAGGAGUGACUGCGAAUGCCUUACAUCCGGGCGUUGUAGACACAGAAAUCAUCAGACACAUGAGUUUCUUUACAAACUUCUUUGCGGGUUUGUUUGUUAAACCUCUUUUCUGGCCGUUUGUUAAAACUCCUAAAAAUGGCGCGCAGACUACGUUGUAUGUCGCGCUCGAUCCAGAAUUGGAAAAAGUUACAGGACAAUAUUUCAGUGACUGUGCUGCCAAGGAAGUGGCGCCAGCGGGAAAAGAUGAUACCACAGCCAAAUGGCUGUGGGCUGUAAGCGAAAAAUGGACACGCGCGCAAAUAAUUAAUUUAGAAAAAGACUAGUUAACAUAAGCUCACUAUUUGUGAACUUUUUGUAAAUAAAUAAUUUUUCAUCGAUUAAAAUAA